CUGUAUUACUGGCAUAUUUUCAAGAAUUGUCAGAAACGUAUAGUCCGAAUUCUUUAUGGACUAAAUGGUCAAUGCUAAAAUCGAAGGUGAAUAUACAUGAGAAACGAGAUAUCGCCAAGUUCAAUGAACUAGAGGCUUUUUUGAAACGGAAGAGUAAGAGUUAUAAGCCGAAAAAGUCUGCUGUUUUAUCUCCUAAUGAUGUUAUCAGAUUUCCAAAGAACGCUCCUAAUGAAAUUCAUUUAUUGCAUAAGGUAAUUUUUUCUUAUUUUCCUUUUUGUGUGUAUUUAUUUCCUUUUUUUGUUUUAGGUGUUUUGAUUAUGGGUUAUUUUGGAGGAUGCAGAAGUCAGGAACUUUUGAAUAUGAAGAUAUCGGAUAUAGAGGACCGGGAUUCCGUUAUGGUAGUGAACGUACCGGAAAGUAAAACUGGUGUAUCGAAGAAAUUUACAAUUGUGGAUGAAAAAGAGUUCUCUGCUUUGCCUUUAUUAAGACUUUAUAUGUCUUUGCGUCCUAAAGGUAUUGAACGAUUUUUUUUGCGCUUCCGUCAAAAUAAAUGUACAUCUCAGCCAAUUGGAAAAAAACAUGUUUGGGAAAAUUCCCAUCAAAAUCGCAAUGUAUUUAGGAUUGCCAAACCCAUCUUCCUAUACGGGACAUUGCCUUCGUCGCACUUCUGCUACUGCUCUAGCUAAUGCAGGAGCAACUAUGACUAACUUAAAAAGACACGGAGGUUGGAAAAGUUCCACGGUGGCGGAGGGGUAUCUGGAGGAUAGCAUCGAAUUGAGAAAUAAAACGGCGCGUAUGUUGUCUACUUUGCCAUUAGAAGAGGCAGGUACCUCGACUGUAGUGGACAGAAGCUCC